AUGGCUGACGUGAAAGAUGUUUGUGAAAAUGGCGAGACUUGUCCUGGAGUUGAUAUUGAACUGGACAUUCCGGACGAGUCCACGGAUGCACCAGACAUAGUAUACAAGGAAGUCCCUGAACCGCUGCUCUACAAGAUCUCGGACAGACCACCUGUUCAUAUGACGUUUUUCUUUGCCUUUCAGCAAGUACUUGUAGCAUUGUCGGGGUCUCUAGCUGUGUCGUCAUUCGUGGCGGACGUCGCAUGUGCGUCUGACUUUUCGGACAUCAGGACAGACCUCCUCAGUUCUACUUUAUUAAUGAAUGGCGUGACUACAUUGUUGAUGGUCACUCUUGGGGCGAGGUUGCCACUGUUUCAGGGAGCAGCAUCUGAUUAUGUAGUUCCUCUCCUUGCCAUGCAGAUCAUCGAUAAAGACUUUUGCGCACUGCCAGAUUCGGCUACCAAUUACGCCGUAGAAAAUACAACUCUGCCUAUGACAAACAGUACGGGAUCUAUAACGGACUUGAAGAGACAAUUGUCUUUUACCAAAUUACAAGAGUUUCAGGGCUGUUUGAUCCUGGUCGGGAUCAUUCACUGCUUGGUUGGACUGACAGGCUUAGGCGGUCUCCUCCUCAGGUUUAUAGGGCCAGUCACAGUCGUUCCUGCAAUCUUACUUAGCGGCAUAUUUCUAUCACGUGCUACUGCGAAAUUCGCCAGAUCACACUGGGGCAUGGCAGCUCUAACUGCAUCUACGUCCAUCAUCUUAUCUCUUUAUGUGGGACAUAAGAAGAUGCCUUUUCCUGCCUGGUCACGAAAAAGAGGGUUCUUCAUUUAUUGGUAUCCAUUCCAUCAGGUUUUCUCGCUUUUGAUUGGUAUACUUGCGGGCUGGUUGAUGUCAGCCCUGAUGACUUGGUUCGGUGCUUUAACAACAGAUGUUAAUGAGACUCAGUAUAUGGCAAGAGUAGAUGCGCAAUCUGGAGUGAUCAGAGAUGCCAACUGGUUCAAAGUGCCAUACCCAAAUCAGUUUGGCGCACCUUCAUUCCAUACAGGAGUAUUCAUCGCCUUUCUUAUCGCCACGAUCACCUCAAUACUCGACUCAAUUGGUGACUAUUACGCAUGCGCUAGAGUUUGCAAUGUUCCCCCGCCACCAAAACAUGCGGUAAACCGCGGACUGGCUGUGGAGGGAUUCGCAAGUACAAUAUCCGGCAUGCUUGGUUGCGGUCACGCCACAACCACUAAUGGAGGUAGUAUUGGAGCCGUAGGAGUUACAAAGGUGGCAAGUCGUGACGUUUUCGUGUGUGUUGCAGUGAUUUAUAUAGUAUUUGGUCUCGUUGGAAAAGUUUCUGCAGUCUUUAUAACCAUACCACAACCAGUUUUAGGGGGCGCCAUGAUCGUUAUGUUUGGAAUGUUCAAUGGUAUCGUCCUGUCAAAUCUCCAAGUUAUAUCACUUUCAUCUACUCGGAACCUCGCUAUCAUCGGGACGUCUUUGCUCGUUGGCCUGAUGGUACCGUACUGGUUAGAGGCUUUUCCGAAUGAUUUCAGCACUGGAAAUCCCUAUAACGAUAACAUCAUAAAAACGCUGCUAGCCAACCCUAAUCUGUGUGGAGGUGUAGUUGCCUGUUUCCUAGACAACACCGUGCCUGGCACAAGAAAAGAGCGUGGUAUCACAGCGUGGCAGAAUUAUCAGGAAGAAGAUACAUGUGUGUACAGUGAGGGAGUGGAAGUAUACUUACCUCUCAUACCGGAGAGUUGGCGCUCGUGGAAGGUUAUGAAGUACCUACCUUUCUGUUAUCACCGUCCUGAAAAUCCGUCCAAAUUUACAUCAACACAAACAGAAAAACUACAGAAUCAUAUAGAGUAG